GCGCGCGCCGGCCCCGCCCGUGCGCGCCGGGCGAAGAUGGCGGCGGCCGGGGCGGGCGCGGGGCGGAAGCAGGUGCGGCAGGAGGAGCUGCGGCGCCUCAUGAGGGAGAAGCAGCGCCAGAACGCCGGCAAGAAACGCAUCGACUCGCCCUUCGCCAAGUACAACAGCCUGGGGCACCUGAGCUGCUCCCUGUGCAACGCGCCCGUGAAGGGAGAGCUGCUGUGGCAGACACACGUCCUGGGCAAGCAGCACCGCGAGAGAGUAGCAGAAUUAAAAGGUACAAAGCAGACAUCCACUGGCUCAGCUGCCGGCACAUCGUCUCAUCCUGUCAAGAGAAAAACAGUUGAGACAGAAAAUACAGACCUAAAGAGAGUAAAAGGUACAGAUGAAAAGCCACACACGUCUUCUUCAGGGCUGCCAGCAGAUUUUUUUGAUGAAGCAGAGCAAGACAGGGCCGGUGUACAGCUUUCCAAGGGCUCAGGUCCCAGUUUAUUGUCAGGGAAUUAUGAUGACGACGAUGAUGAUGAUGAUGAAGAGGAGGAACAAGAACAAUCAAGCAAAUCUUCUGCUGUGCAUAAAACUGAAAUUCCACCUCCAACUCAAGAAGUAAUAGCUAAUUCUCUGCCUGCAGACUUUUUUGACACCAAAACUCCAGCUGCUCCUAUAGUUUCCCAUUCAGGAUCCAUACAGAAAGCAGAGGUACAAGAGAAGGUAAUCGAAAGGAAAGAAAACACUGCUGAAGCUUUGCCAGAAGGUUUCUUUGAUGAUCCCGAAGUGGAUGCAAAAGUGAGAAAAGUUGAUGCUCCAAAGGAUCAGAUGGACAAAGAAUGGGAUGAAUUUCAAAAGGCAAUGCGACAGGUCAACACAAUUUCAGAAGCAAUAGUGGCAGAAGAUGAUGAGGAGGGACGACUAGAUCGCCAGAUUGGAGAAAUUGAUGAGCAGAUUGAAUGCUACCGCCGUGUCGAGCUUUUGCGGAACCGCCAGGACGAGAUAAAGGAGAAGUUAAAGGAAGCCAUGAGAUUAAGAGCAGCACAAGAGAAAGAGGAGGAGGAUGUUGGUAGUGAAGAUGAAGAAGAACUGCAGGAUUUGCUGUCACAAGACUGGCGUGUGAAAGGGGCUUUGUUGUAGCACUUCUGCAACGUGGUUGACACCCUUUUUAUCUGUGGUCUUGGUUCCAUUGUUAGAAGGGAGAUUCUUUUGUUAAAUAUUUAUUUAAAGAGGUUUCUGAGGUAAAGAGCCAAACUUAUUAAAAAAAUUUUGUAUGUCUACAGUAGUGUAUUACUUGUUGUAAAAACUGUAAAUUGCAAAUGUUUUACAAUACUGAAUGCACCUUUCCUAUUAAAGUGACUGGUUUCCUACCAGAAGUAUUUUAGUGGGAUUAAUAAAUCUGUAAAGAAUCUCUAGGCUUUUGGAAGCAUUAGCUCAGUUUGGUAAUUUUGAGAGUUGACUUAUUGUCUAUAGAAGUAUGUAGUCUACAAAGUUUUCCCAGAUUAAGGGUUUAGGGAAAGGGAACUAUUAUGCAUUUAUGUUUCCUUAAAAUUUGUAGGUGCCCUUCUGUCCACUGCCCCAGCUUCCAAUACAAUAUGUACAUUU